CAGCACAUCAUGUCGACAAUGGCAGCACUUCAGCUAUCACGCCAGCUUACACUGCGCACAAUGCGCUCACCCCAAACCUCCCUUCUCACCCGGUCACUCCUACUCUCCCGCCCCGCCAGCAGCAGUUCCAAGCCAGCACCCAAAGGCCGCCUACUCGAGAAGCCCACACGCUUCAAUCCCCCGUCCCAUCCUGCACGUCUGCCUCGCCGAAACAGACAACCUGCCUUCCAAGUCCCCUUGAGUGCAAAGGAACGCGACCAACAGAAGAAGAAGCAGUACCCGCACAUGAUGCCACCAGAGGGCACCUUCUUCCACUGGUUCCUCACGAAUCGCAACAUUCACGUUUGGAUCACCAUGUCCAUCCUCAUAUCCCUGGCCUUUUUCACCUGGCUGAACAAUUUCCUCGCCAAUACACCAUACCUCGACCAACUGCCCGCAAACAACAUGUUCUUCUCCCACCCGAUCGCUUUCCUCUCCCGCUACGCAGAUGUCUAUAAACUGCACACCGAAUACAUCAGCGCCCAAACCGCAGAACACCGACGCCAAAAAGUGGAAGAUGUGAGAAAGAGAGCAGAAUUUAGAAAGGCGCAUGGGUUGAACGAGGGAGAGGGCAUUUUCGGUGGGUGGACGGCUAGAGGGGAUGGGGAAGUUAUGGGGACGGGGGCGAAGGAGGGCGGGGAGGUGGUUGAGAGGCAGGGACAGAAGGAGAAGGAGGUGCUUGAGGCCGUUAGUGAGAAGGAGGCUGCUCCUGCUGAUGGUGAGGCAUAUACCGAUUUUGAAGGUAGGAGGAAGCCUAUUAAGAAGUGGUUGGGUAUUUGGUAGAAUAGGGAAGACGCUGAGGACAAGGAGGG